ACAGUAUUCAGAAUACUCUUUUUUUUGUCAAGCCUGAACAAAAAAAAGAAACAAGAACAACCAUGGUGGUCUGGAGUGACAACGAGCGCGCCAUCAUCAACAGCAUCUUCUCCGGCCUGGACUAUGAGGAGGUCGGCCCCAGCGCCCUGGGCAGGUGUCUGGUCGUCUACCCCUGGACUAAGAGGCACUUCACGAAUUUCGGUAACCUCUCCAAUGCUGCGGCCAUCCAGGGCAACCCGAAGGUCGCAGCCCACGGCAUCAAGGUCCUGCACGGUCUGGACAUGGCCCUGAAGAACAUGGACAACAUCAAGGCCACCUAUGCCGAUCUGAGCGUCCUGCACUCGGAGAAGCUGCACGUGGACCCCGACAACUUCAGGGUGCUGUCUGACUGCCUGACCAUCGUCGUCGCAGCCAGGAUGGGAAACGCCUUCACACCAGAGACCCAGGCCGCCUUCCAGAAGUUCCUGGCCGUGGUGGUGUCCGCUCUGGGGAAGCAGUACCACUAAACCCAGCAGCAGCUGGACUACCACGAAGGAGAUCUGUUUCUAGAUUUGUUUCUAUGUCACUUUUCUCCUCGAUAAUGAAAUAAAUUUACGCUGAAGCAAAGUAUAA